AUGUUUAAAACGCUAGAAAGAAAAUUUUUAACAAAACUUUUAAAUAGGUGUAUAAAUACAACAAGUAUUAAUUAUAAUUUACCACCAAAUAGUGUGAUGAAUGUUUUUGAUAGAAAAACAAAAUUAUUGCAAAAACAGCGAGCUGCUAGAGCUCCCGAUGUCAAAUUGUACGACUACCUCAAAGAUGAAAUAGGUUACAGGUUGGCAGAUAGAAUUUUUGACAUAAAACGUGAAUUUACAAAUGUUCUGGAGCUGGGAUGUGGAAGAGGACAUAUGAGCAAGCACAUAUCCGCAGACAAUGUCAAAAACUUGUUGUUGAGUGACUUUUGUCCGGAGUAUUUGGAGCAAGUUGUUAUUACUGAGAACAUAAAUGUCAAGAAGCAAGUUAUGGAUGAGGAGAAUUUCGAGUUGGAUGAGAAUAGUAUGGACUUAAUCAUUAGUUCCUUAAAUCUUCACUGGGUAAAUGAUCUUCCUGGGUGCUUUAGCAGGAUUAUCAGGACUUUAAAAAAUGAUAGUGUCUUUCUAGCCGCUAUUUUUGGUGGUGAUACACUCUUUGAACUCAGAAGUUCACUGCAAUUAGCAGAACUUGAAAGACAUGGUGGAAUAUCACCUCAUAUAUCGCCGUUCACCCAAAUUCGUGACGUAGGAAGUUUGAUGAAUCGUGCUGGGUUCACCAUGCUGACUAUCGACACCGAUGAAAUGGUUAUUGGUUUUCCUUCGAUGUUUGAACUAAUGACUGACUUGAAAGGCAUGGGAGAAAGUAAUGCUGGUAGAAAUCGAACAUUACAUUUGAAAAGAGACACUAUGCUAGCAGCUGCAGCAAUAUAUGAAGAAUUGUACGGAAAAACAAAAGAAGACGGAAGUAAAUAUGUUCCGGCUACGUUUCAAAUUAUUUACGUACUCGGGUGGAAACCAGAUCCCUCACAGCCAAAACCUCUAGAUCGAGGAACUGGAGAAGUCUCUCUGAAGGACUUGUACAAGUUGGACGAGAUCGUCAGAGGGCAUACUAAAGUGAAGCUUGGUGACGAUGAUAAAUAG